AUUUUGCUCUUACGGCGGCGCGUGAAGGAGUGUGAUAGGGAUGCUGUAGGCGCCUGGCGCUCGCUGAACCCUCAAAACCCUGCUCUCCCCCUCUGGCGCGAGAGGCCGCCCCAAUCCCCUCCCCACUCCCCAAGUUCCCGCCAGUCUCCUCCAUUCCCAUCCCCCUCCCCCGCCCUCUCCCAAAUCCAAUCCCCAAAUCCUCAUCUCCCUCUCCGUCUCUCCCAUCGGCGGCAAGGGGGGCAAGGAGGGGCCAAGAUGCUGUGGGUGGACAAGCACCGGCCGAAAACCCUAGACAAGGUCAUCGUCCAUGAGCAGGUCGCGCAGAACCUCAAGAAAUUCGUGGCGGAGCAGGACUGCCCGCACCUCCUCUUCUAUGGCCCGCCGGGGUCCGGCAAGAAAACCCUAAUCAUGGCGCUCAUCAAGCAGAUGUUCGGCGCCGGUGUGGAUAAGGUGAAGAUGGAGAAUAAGACGUGGAAGAUCGAUACUGGGACGAGGACAUUUGAUCUUGAGCUGGCGAUGUUGUCGAGUUCCCACCAUGUGGAAAUGAACCCCAGCGAUGCUGGCUUUCAGGACAGGUAUGUUGUUCAGGAGGUCAUCAAAGAGAUGGCCAAGAGUAGGCCGAUUGAUGCCAAGGGCAAGAGAGCAUUUAAAGUACUUGUCCUAAAUGAAGUUGACAAGCUGUCACGAGAAGCACAACAUUCUCUCCGUAGGACAAUGGAGAAAUACAGUGCAUCCUGCAGACUCAUAUUAUGCUGUAAUAGCUCCUCAAAGGUGACAGAAGCUGUAAGGUCCCGUUGCUUGAAUGUGCGAGUGAAUGCACCUACAGAAGAUCAGAUUGUACAAGUAUUGGAAUUCAUUGGGAAGAAAGAGAAUCUGCAACUUCCAUUUGGAUUUGCUGCUCGGAUAGCAGCUCAAUCAAACCGCAACUUGAGGCGAGCAAUAUUAUUCUUUGAGACAUGCAAAGUCCAGCAAUAUCCAUUUUCAGCAAAUCAAGUGGCGCCUCCUCUUGACUGGGAGCAGUAUGUGUCUGAAAUAGCAACUGAAAUCUUGAGUGAACAAAGCCCUAAAAGGCUAUAUUCUGUACGCCAGAAAUUCUACGAGUUACUUGUGAAUUGUAUCCCACCUGAAAGCAUCUUGAAGAAGUUGUUAACCGAGUUAAUGAAGAAGUUAGACUCUGAUUUGAAGCAUGAAGUUUGUCACUGGGCUGCACACUAUGAACACAAGAUGCGACUUGGGUCCAAGGCCAUUUUUCAUCUGGAAGCUUUCGUGGCCAAGUUCAUGAGCAUUUACAAGGAGUUCCUUUGUGCUGCAUUUGGUUGAGGAAAACCAGAGCAUACGGAUGUUUGCUGCUGCAAGAAGAUGCUCCCAGUUCUCAGUCUUUGUCGUCGCAAUCGCUUUGGUCUGAUGUGUGGGUGUUUACAUUCUGUAUGUUAUUCAGUCAGUGUAGUUUGUACUGAUUUCAUGUGAGCAAGUCUUUAUUUACUUUGAAUCAUUUGGUAUUCAAAGGUGGAGUCGCCCACCUAUGAUUCUGUUGA